AAUGUAGCCACCAGUUCCCAAUAAGACGUUGUAGGGAGUUGUGUGAUAUCGUGUUUGUAUGAGACCAGGCGCUGGUCUCGCAACGAAAGGCGGUACCGAACCUGUAUAGGUCGCCAAUGACAGCGCCAAUGGCCCCAUGCCAGGGUCGAUUGAUGGGCUUAGCACACAUCUUCAGGGCUCCUUUCCCAUAUUCGUAGAUGAAAUAAUUCUUCCUUUCAUCUCCAUUCUACUCACCUCUCUGUUUCCACGUACAAAGCCCAGAGUGUGUGUCUGCGCAUACCUCACGCACAACGCUCGAGUGCUCACCAUGUCGAAACAAGCCCCUGAUGCCACAACCCCCACGCCUGUGAGCCGACAACGAACACUCGGUGAAAUGAUCUUGGCACUACCAGAGGAGCUGAUUGCGGAAGUUCUGGCAAACGCACUCUUGCUUCCCGAAGCUGUGAAAAAGGCACAGUUACAAACGCGAUAUUGCCCGAAGAUCCGCAUGCUCAAGGAGGUCUUUCUUGACGUCGAAGAGCUGAUAGAGCAUACUCUGUUCACCUUCCUAGAGGCACCGGGCCGUGUUGCACGUAUCGUGAUAGAGACUUUUCAACACCGUCAGUGUAGCCGCCAUACCACUUCCGCAUCCGACCUCGUCCGAGCUAAUCUCAUUCUGGUUGCCUCAUCAACACUGCAGAUGCCCUUCAAGAUCACACUUUUCUUGUAA